AUGGAUGUUCGGAGAUCUCCAUAUGCUUUCAUUGCAGUUUCUGUCAUAGUCAUGUUCUUCAUCAUAGGAUCAGAAGCAAGAUUGGGGUUAAAUGAUGAAUGUCCAGGGGUAUGUCAUGCCGAUAUUGUACCAGACUGCGAUACACUCUGCAUAAGCGUAGGGUUUAGUGGUGGCUUCUGUAAAGGAUUAACGUGUUGCUGCAAUCCCAAAUCCUCGACACCCCUAAAAAUUCCUCCUCCUUAA